ACAUUACCCAUUACAGCUCUUUUUCAUGUAACUCGAACACAUUAUUUGAAUAGUCUUUUUUACCAAGUAAUUAACCAACUAUGAAUAUUUCAACUGACCUAAGCUGAGCUACCAACUAACUGUCAACUAAAGAUUACCAACCUCACUACCUGAGCUGCACCCAUAUUCACACAGGCCCCUAUCCCAACCUCACUACCUGAUCUGCACCAAUAUUCACACAGACUCCUAUCCCAACCUCACUACCUGAGCUGCACCCAUAUUCACACAGGCCCCUUUCCCAACCUCACUAUCUGAGUUGCACUCACAUUCUGUACACUAGCCUUCUGUACCCUAUCCUCAAAGCUGCUCCAAAACCCCUGCAGCAUCACACACUCGUCCUCAACACCCCACCAUUCCCUUACCUCUCCACACUUAACACUAACCCUCCACCACUCACUCGUCCCCAACACCCCACCAUUCCCUUACCUCUCCACACUUAAAGCCACCUCUCAGGUGCACCUCAUUAGGUUAUCCCACACUCUACAAAAAAAAAAUGGGCUUUUCCGUACACAAAGGGAAAACCUGCUCCCCAUGAAACUGACUGGAGAGUUCCCUGUUACGGUAUUAUGAUAUUUAAAAUGGGUUUCAUGCCCAUAGAUUCAUUUCAUCUGGACAUCUUUCAAUGGCAUAGUCUACUGUUGAUUUUUUUUUCUUUCAACAGAAACCGAAAGGAUGUUAUUGGAGCAGAAAAACAGCAAUGAUGAUCUCACCAAGGAGAACACAGAGCUAAAGAAUGAGCUACAAGUGUGGGAGUACUUCGAUGGAGCAUGUUACCACUUCUCCACUGAUAAGAAGAACUGGACUGAGAGUAUAGAUGCCUGUGUGACUAUGGGAGGACACCUGGUCAUCAUAAACAGUCAACAAGAAAUGGAUUUCCUGAAGGACAAGACUGAACACUGGAUUGGUUUAACUGAUGCUCAGGAAGAGGGCACAUGGCGCUGGGUGGACAACACACCCCUCACUGACCCAAAGUUUUGGGCCCAAGGCCAGCCAAAUAACCACAAGGGAUAUGAUCCAGAUGGACAACACUGUGCCAUGAUUAAGAGAGGAGAGUGGCAUGACAGGUCCUGUGGUUACCCAUAUAAAAUAAUCUGUGAGACUAAAAGCUGUAGGGCCGGGGGUUAACUAAUAUUACCACAACAUCAAAUUAAUUUUGGAUUUUACAUUAAUUGCGUUUGAUCUGAGUAAGUUCAUAUAAGCUCAGAUUUAUGCUGUGUUAUUUUUAACCCUCCUAUUAUCUUUUGGGUCAAUUUUAAUGUCUCUAAAUAAAUGAUUACAUUAUUUUUUUUACUUCAUAUUCAAUGACUUUUCCUAAUUUAAUGGGGACAACUGGGUAAGCACAAAAAAACAUGAUGAUAUGUUUUCAAUGUCCUGUACCCAUGCUGUACGCAUAGGUGUUCUUUGGGGUCAAUUCCCUUUCUGCUAGCUUGCCAGUCAUAUUUGGGUUGAAUGUCUUUCUAUUCUGAGGCUUAUGAGUGUUGGUUUAAAUUAAUGUCUUUCUAUUCUGAGCCUUAUGAGUGUUGGUUUAAAUGAAUGUAAAUAUAUUCCCAUGGUUGGUGCACAAACUGUUACUGACCUGUCUAAAAGGACCCAAGCUCUUACUGACCUGUCUAUGAGGACCAAAGCUCUUACUGAUCUGUCUAUGAGGACCCAAGCUCUUCCUGGCCUUUCUAUAAGGACCCAAGCUCUUACUGACCUGUCUAUAAGGACCCAAUCUCUUACUGACCUGUCUAUACAGACUCAAGCUCUUA